AUGGCAGAAGUAGCUCCAGCUCCAGCCGCCGCUCCGGCCAAAGCGGCAAAGAAGAAGACUUCCAAACCCAGGAAGGUGGGCCCCAGCGUCAGCGAGCUCAUCCUUAAAGCUGUGGCCGCUUCCCAGGAGCGGAGCGGCGUGUCUGCAGCCGCUCUCAAGAAGGCUCUGGCCGCCGGAGGCUACGAUGUGGACAAGAACAAGGCCCGCGUCAAGACCGCCAUCAAGAGCCUGGUGACUAAGGGCGCUUUGGUCCAGACCAAGGGCACCGGGGCCUCCGGAUCCUUCAAGAUCAACAAGAAGAAGGCUGACACCACGGCCAAGAAGCCCGCAAAGAAAGCUGCCGCUAAAGCCAAGAAGCCCGCCGCCAAGAAAGCCGCAGCGGCCAAAAAGCCCAAGACAGCGACAGCCAAGAAGCCAGCAGCCGCUAAGAAGUCCCCCAAGAAGGCCAAGAAGCCCGCAGCGGCCAAGAAAGCAGCCAAGAGUCCCAAGAAGGUGACCAAAAAGGCGGCCAAGAGCCCUAAGAAAGUGGUCAAGAAGGCGCCUGCUGCUAAGAAAGCCCCCGCAAAGAAGGCAGCCAAGCCUAAAGUGAAGAAGACAGCAGCCAAGAAGAAGUGA